UCGGGUUAGGACCACAAAACACUAAACUUUUUUUUUUUUUUAAAAAGCCACUUGGUGACAAUACCUCCAAAGAAGAAAACAGAAAUUUGUAUCUCCACCCUUUUGGUGAGGGCUGAAGGAUUACAUACAAGCAAACGGACCCUAACAUGGAGAAGCUAAAGAGAAUUCAACCAAUCAGGCAAGUAUUGGCCUUAAUUUUUAUAGCGUUCUUCUCUAUGGCUGACCCAGAGCCUAUUCGCUACUCUGUACAGGAGGAAACAGAGGGUGGCUCCUUCAUAGCCCAUCUGACUAAAGACCUGGGCCUGGAAACGGGGGAACUGGCAGUCCAUUCAGCACGGGUGGUUUCUGAUCAUUACAAGCAGCAUUUGUUGCUGGAUCCUCAGACUGGAGAUUUGUUAUUGAGGGAGACCCUAGACCGGGAAGAGCUUUGUGGGCCUGCUGAACCAUGUGUGCUGCAUUUCCAGGUCUUCCUUGAAAUGCCAGUGCAAUUUUUUCAGGGAGAAUUAUGGAUUCAGGACAUUAAUGAUCACUCCCCAACGUUCCCGGAUGGGAAAGUGCUCUUGAAAAUACCUGAAAGCAGCCAGCCAGGGACUGUAUUUCCCCUGAAAUCAGCCCAAGAUUUGGAUGUGGGCAGCAACGGGAUUCAAACAUACACAAUCAGCCCUAAUGAUCAUUUUCACGUUCUCACUCGAAAUAACAGUGAGGGCAUGAAAUUCCCAGACCUGGUACAGGACAAGCCACUGGAUCGGGAGGAGCAGGCUGAGUACAGCUUAAUUCUCACGGCUCUGGAUGGCGGGUCUCCACCGAGGUCUGGCACUGUCAUGGUUCAAAUCCUGAUCCUGGAUGUCAAUGACAAUGCUCCUGAGUUUGUGGACACCCCAUAUGAGGUUCAGGUGCUGGAGAGCUGCCCCUUAAAUUCCCUCAUCCUGACUGUCUCAGCUAGAGACAAGGAUGCUGGACAUUUUGGAAGUGUUUCCUAUGGCUUGUUCCAGCCAUCAGAUGAAAUUAAACGAACUUUCUCAAUACAUGAAGUCACGGGAGAAAUCCGACUGCAAAAGAAACUGGAUUAUGAAAAAAUUAAGUCUUACCGUGUGGAAAUUGAGGCCACAGAUGGAGGAGGCCUUUCUGGGAAAGGAACAGUAGUGAUAGAGGUGGUGGACGUGAAUGACAAUGCCCCUGAACUGACCAUAACCUCACUCACCACCUCCAUCCCAGAAAAUGCUCCUGAGAGCAUUGUCUCUAUUUUCCGCGUGGGAGACAGAGAUUCUGAAGACAAUGGGAAGAUGAUUUGUUCUAUUCCAGACAAUCUUCCAUUCAUUCUAAAACAGACUUUUAAGAACUUUUACACCCUGGUAACAGAGACCCUUCUGGACAGAGAGACAAGGGUGGAAUACAACAUCACCAUCACUGUCACCGACUUGGGGACACCCAGGCUCAAAACCCAGCACACCAUAACAGUGCAGGUCUCCGACGUCAACGACAACGCCCCCACCUUCACCCAAUCCUCCUACACCCUCUUCGUCCCAGAAAACAACAGUCCCACCCUGCUCAUAGGCACCAUCAGCGCCACAGACAGAGACUCAGGCUCCAAUGCCCAGGUCACCUACUCGCUGCUGCCUGCUUCGAUUAAAAAUGCUACACUAAUUGCUCAAUUGAGACGCAGGGUGGCGCUGCAGGCUAAGAUUGUGAAAAAGCCCAAAGUCGCAAAUGCCUUUGUGUCGCGAGAAGUCAGGGAAGCUUUGCAAGCAAUGCGGAGUUAUCAGCAGACUGGGAACAUGGUAUACUGUGCGUUUUAA